AUGUGGAUCAGAUAUAUCACUGUUCAGAAGGCCUUUGUUCUAUCUUCUUUGCUCCUGGCGUCUGGGAUCUCAGCAGCUGCUAUCCCCGCAAGGUUAGCUGACCCUGCAUCGGUCUCUGUGACGAUAACAAAUACGCAAGCGCCUACAGGCCAAAGGGAUGGCAGGCCAACCUCACUCCCUUAUGAAGCUGCCCCAAACUGUCAGUUCUGUCAUGAAGACGAAGGCGAACAGACCACCGGCGAGUCCACGACGCAGGUGAAACGAGACAGUCACACUAUCGCAGCAAGAAUGGAUGCCGAUGAAAAAAAAUCCGAUGAGGAAGAGACCAAGGAGAUAGAAAAGAAGGUUAAUGAAAAGUGUCAUGGGAAUGCGCUUUGUGAGAUUAUUUCCACACUGUCGAAGUCUUACUAG